GCGGAAGUGACGUCACGCCUCCCCACCAGCACGAGUAAACAGUCCUCCACAGGAUGUCGCUAGGAUACCAAGUUUUAUCCUUUAAAUGUCAGCUUAUAUAAACGUUUAGCUCGCGGUGGAUAACUUCUAGACGCAGAAAAGUGGUUGUGAACAGCAUACCGAACAUUUAAAGCUUUUUGUAACAUUUCAAUAGCAGCUAUAAAAGGUAAUGAGAGUCUGUGCUACGUUAUGUUAGCAUGCUAAGCUAAGCUAAGCGGCUAACUUCAGUUGGGUGUUUUGGAGAUGGCAGCUGGAGCAGGAGGCUCUCUGGAGUCCACUUUAGAGAGGAGGUUUCAAGGUGUUUCCAACACGAUGGACUCAAUUCAAGGACUGGCAACGUGGUGCAUCGAUAACAAGAAGUACCACAGCUCGAUUGUGCGACACUGGAUGAAGUGUUUGAGGAAAUCUGAUACCUCACAUAGGCUCAACCUUUUCUACGUCGCCAACGAUGUCAUUCAGAACUGUAAAAGGAAAAAUGCCAUAGUUUACCGUACGGCGUUCGCCGAGAUGCUCCCCGAUGCCUUCUUGCUGGUCAACAAUGAAGGUGACUCCAAGGUAAUUAAAUCGGUGGAGAGGAUACUGACUAUCUGGGAGGAGAGGGGUGUGUAUUCAGGGACACUCAUUACUGAUCUUAGGAGUAGCUUAGUCAAAGAGGAGUCCCCUCCAGAGACACCCGUGGAGCAAAAAACUCCAGUCGAAUCUAAAGCAGAUCUAACGUCCAAGAUUGUUGCUGAGUUUGUGCCCCAGGCACUAUUCGACGAACUGUCCAAGUACAAGAAAUCUCUGGAGGAGUUGGACCUGAGAGAAAAACAGCUGGCAGCUAUGAGGGUUGACAUCUGCAGUUCUGAUGCCCUCAAGAGACUCAAAGAUAAGGCCGGAGGAAAGAAAUUCUCCAAGGACUUUGAAGAAGGAAGCGCUCAACUACAGGAGUUUGUCAAGUUCUUUGACAAACAAAUGAAAACCGGGCCUCCUCUCAUGGAGGCCCUCAGCAACGCAGAUAUCUUCUACGAGAUGCAGUACAAGGAGGUCAAGAUUGUUGCUAAUGCCUACCAGACGUUUGCCAACCGGGUGUCCCACCUGAAGCGUAAACUGGACUCCCUGAAGACCAACUUGCCAGACAUGGACGACUCGCCCAUCCCCUCACCCUCUGCAGACGCACCGUCUCCAACUGGCUCAGAGUCCCCUUUUCAUGGUCUGGAUUUAGCCGGCCCCGAUCCAGACAUUGACGGCUGCGCUAUGGAUGAUGAGGCAGAGCCACCGGCCCCGAGCCCGCUGUCCUCACCGGGUGGAUCCCCCAAACACGCGGAGACUCUCGGGCAGAGCGACAACCGUGAAGUGGAAGACAUGGAUCUCUCCGAGGAAGAAAUGGACAGCAGUGGCAUUAUAGUUGAGGAGCAGAUUGAAAGACACACCUACCCAAAGGUAUCCACGUCAAAAAUGGAGCCAUCAGUGGCAACACGGCAGCCUGUUGCACGGGUCACGCCCCCUGUAAAGGCUCCUGUUGCGGCUUUUGUAGCGGCUACAGCAGUGGCUCCUGUAAAGGCCCCUGCAAAGGCUCCUAUAGUGGCUCCUGUAAAGGCUUCUAUAGCUUUCCCGGUAAAGGCUCCUAUAGUGGCUCCUGUAAAGGCUCCUAUAGCAUUCCCGGUAAAGGCUCCUGUAGCGGCUCCUGUAAAGGCUCCUAUAGCAUUCCGGCUAAAGGCUUCUUUAGUGGCCCCUGUAAAGACUCCUGUAAAGGCUCCUGUAGCCGCCCCAGUAAAGGCUCCUGUAGCCGCCCCAGUAAAGGCUCCUGUUGCGGCCCCUGUAAAGGCUACUGUUGCGUCCCCUGUAAAGGCUCCUGUUGCGUCCCUUGUAAAGGCUCCUGUUGCGGGUCCUGUAAAGGCUCCUGUAGUGGCCCCUGUAGCGGCUCCUGUAGCAGCUCCUGUAGCGGCUCCUGUAGCAGCCCCUGUAAAGGCUCCUUUAGCGGCCCCUGUGAAGGCUCCUUUAGCGGCCCCUGUAACGGCUCCUGUAAAGGCUCCUGCAGCAGCAGUGGAAAGUGUUGACCUGGCAAAAAUUGGCUCCAUCCUCAGCAGUUUGAACUCAGUCAUGAAGAACACAGGACCAUUAGUGGAGAGCCCUCCUGCAGCUGCUGCCCCUGCUGGCUUCUCAUUGAGGACUACACCUGCUGCCUCUUUGGCCUCUCAUGAUGCCAGUUCACUAGUAAACCUUCUGUCCAAGGUGGACGUGAGUCGCACAGACCUCCUCGGCGCUCUCUCCAAAGUCAAGGGCCAAGGCAGCCGUGAGGGCAUCACUACUCGUCUGAGCAGCCCAGCUGCAAAUGUCUCCUCAGACUCCUCCAGUACAGGCAAGAUUCCUCCCUCAUCCACAUCCACAUCAGCAGCACCCUCUCAGAGCACGUCUCUCUCUUCUGUUGCACCCAUGCCUUCUUCACACAGCUCCACUAUAAGGCACAGUACAAGCUCCAAAGCCCCACCCCAGAUUUCCAAUCCAGCCUCCGCCCUGGUCCAGGCUCUCCAUAGAGACAUGGAUUUGAUAACAGAGACAAAACCAUCCCCGUCUUCUGCGAGUUUAGAGUCUAAAAUCCACAACUUUUUGCAGGGGAACCCUGCUUUCAAUGCAUUCGGCAUGAGUCUUCCUACGAACCCAGCACCGGGAGGUGAUAACCUCAGCCCAGUAACUGGGACAGACACCCAGGGUGGGACCCCAGUGCGGGAUGAGGGCGGAGGCACCCCAACUCAAGAUGAGAUCAUGGACAAACACGUGGUGGUCCCGUUCACUUCCAACACAAAUCAGUCGUCGAUUGGAGAAACUGUGAAAACGUCUCCUGUUGCGUACCAGGACAACAGUCAGCAGAACCGCAACAAUCCCCAACAUCACCUGCAGCCGGGUGCGGCUCAGAAUGGGCAGGUCUACCAGCCGUACCCAUACGGCCAACACAAGAUGCCAGAGCACGCCAUUACUGCACCUGUUGCACAUUACCAGCAGAUUUCUGCACAAACAGGAGGGCCAGUGCCUGGAGAAAGAGCCCCAGGCAGCGCCAGUAGCACACAGACUAUUGAAAACUUUCAUGGGGUGAGUGAGAGGGGUUGGUAUGGUGACACGUACCCAGAGGGGAUCCCUCAGCAACCCAGAGGCUACAAUGUGACAGCGCCCGGAGGGGCUGGAGAAAACAAGACGUCAGGACUUUAUCCAUACCAAACGGAGAAAUUCCAGGAACCUCAAGUCUCCCAGCACGGCGCAACCAUGUCCCCUGGUUUCCUCAGAGGCACCCUCCCUCCUGUCCCAAAGUUCCCUCCCCCUCCUCGUGUCUUUGACGCCCCUCCUCGCGUCUUUGACGUCCCUCCUCACGUCUUUGACGCCCCUCCUCCCGCGAGCAGCAGUAUGAUGAUGCCACCGGGGCAGCAGCCUAGCGCAGGCACGGGUGAGGCGAUCGGGCCCAGAGUCGACAGUGUCAUGAGUGGGAUGGUGGUCCACGACCAUCAACACAAAUCCAUGUUUCAUCCUGACGAUUCGUCGUACGAUCAUGACCGACCUCGCCCUCCUCACCCCGAGGAUUUCCACCCUCACCCAGAUGACCGAAUGCAUUACCAGGACGAGGUCCAUCAUCGGGAUGCCCGUUUCUUUCAAGACGACUCUUACCACCACCCAGACGAUCAAUAUUACAGGCAAGACAGCCCUUCGCAGCACUACCCCAGAGUUCAGGGGCGCCUCACUCCCCCUCAGUCACCCUCAGAGGACCCUUACUACGCCCAUGACUACCGGCGGCACAGCCCCCCUCCUCAGCACUACACUCCACGGAGACCACCACCACCACAACCUCAUUUUGAAAUGCGUCAUCCUGGUCCACGACCUCCACAUCGGCCUCCCCACCCAGCACAGCACCCGCACCCCAGAGGGCCCCCACGUGCACCAUUUCCUCGGUUCCAAGGCCCUGAUCCAGGGUUAAGAGGCAAACGUCCAGGUCCAAGAGGAGGCGGACACCCUGGUCCAAUGUUCCCCCCGAAAAGACCCUUUCCACCCCCACGGUACUGACUGGACAUGCAGCUUUGAGCUCUUUGAAUCACUGUGGAAGUCAUGAAGGCAGGGGCGGGGCUUUUUGAGAGUUGCCAUUAGAAACCUGUGAAAGUCUGGGUGGAUAAAAGUGCAGACACUGAGGUGGGCAUCAGGAGACAAAGUCAUACUGAAGAAAUAAUUCAGCAGCUACCAGAAGAAAAGUGAAGAAGAAAGGAUGUUGAGGAGAUACGACACCAGGAGAUGUGAAAGAAAUCGGAGGCUCUGAGAGGGCUGCUGAGCUGAGGAGUGAAGACAGAAGAUUAAAGAAAAUAAGAGGUGGAUAUAUAUAUAAUUCACUUUUUGUGUUAAUUGCUCCAGUAUGAAGCAUUGCAUUAAAUAUGAAAUUGAGCGUCCGUUUGAUAAAGGUCAGAGUGUGUGCAUGGUAUGCGUGUAUGCAUGCGCUCAAGCAUAAGUUAACUAGGCACAGCAGUUGAAUCCGACGAUAGUUAUUUUUGCUAAGAGAGUAACUAAAGAAUGUAGUUGGUGCAAUGUUUCUGCUGUUUUUUAGUUUUUCAGUGAGCAGUUUUGACUGCUUCUCUUCAUAUCAGCCGUUUCCCAGUAGCUUUUUGGUACAACAUCCAUUUAAAUUAAAUCACUUUGGGUGAGUGUAUGUUAUAGAAAUUAUGUUCCUCCUACAAUACUCGUUUUAGCAUAUUUAGGGAAAUUAUUUUUCAUUGUCCCAACUCCGAAUGUUAUAUAUUUGUGAAGCGAUGCUUUCUCCACCAGUGCGUAAGAUCCCUCCGGCGAUAGUUUUACGUCUCGUUAGGUUCCUUGAAGGAGAGCGGCACAUGUCCACUCGAAAGGAGAGGAGAGGUGUGAGAGUUAUUUUUUACUGCCUCCCAACACCGACGCAGAAGAAGUGCAUUUUUGGAGGGGAUGAAGAGACUCGUCUUCAUUUUCGUUUUACUUGUACUGACUAAUAAAAAUCUGAGUUUGAAAAA